UAUCAUCAUCUGUAAAAAAAAGUUGUGGGUGAAACAAAUAUGUCGGAAUUUUGGGCUUGAUAACUGAAAUCAGUAGUAAAUUCAGUAAUUGUUCGUAAAUUAUCAUUUGUGCAAUUAUUUAGUAAUUGUGAAACCUUGACUUUUACUCUGUCAGUAAUUUAAGUUUGUAGAAAUGACGACUUGGAAUAGCGCCCCUUAUCCUCCACCAGAUCCGUAUGGUGGUCAACAAGGCUAUCCACCGCAGCAACCUUACCCAGGAGCUGGCUAUCCGAAUGCCCCUCCGGCUUACCCGGCCGGCGGACCUGGGGGAUAUGCUCAACCGGGGCAGCCACCAUACGGGCAACAACCUUAUGGCGGACAACAACCCUAUGGACAACCGGGCGGCGGAGGCUACACACAACCAGGUGAAGCAACUCGUCUCAAUAAUAUGACCGAUAUGUAUGGAACAACCUAUCCGGACGAUCCCGAUGUCAAGGGAUUUGAAUUUAACGAUAAAAGUAUACGAAGAGGGUUUAUUCGCAAAGUUUACUCCAUUCUAAUGGGUCAGUUGCUCAUAACGGCGGGCAUGAUUGCCUAUUUCCUUUACGAUAAAAACGCGAGAGUGUUUGUCAGAAACAACUCGUGGCUAAUGUUUCUCGCGCUUGCCGUCGUCUUCGUCGCAAUGAUUGCACUGGCGUGCUGCGGCGAGGUGCGACGUAAAGCUCCAAUGAAUUUCAUUCUGCUCGGUCUAUUUACGCUUGCCGAAGGGUUUAUGUUGGCCGUCAUUUCGUCGCAGUACAAGGUUGACGCCGUGUUAAUGGCGGUCGGGAUAACGGCGGUAAUAUGUCUGGCGCUUACGCUUUUUGCCUUUCAAACCAAGUGGGAUUUUACGAUGUGCGGUGGAUUUUUGUUCAUUUGUGUCAUUGUUUUAUUAAUCUUUGGGCUUGUCGCUUCUAUAAUGGCUGCUACUGGCAAUGGUAAUCGGGUUGUUAAUCUGGUUUACGCGUCACUUGGCGCUUUGCUUUUCUCAAUUUAUCUCAUAUAUGAUACUCAAUUGAUGAUGGGAGGGAAGCAUAAGUAUUCGAUAUCUCCCGAAGAAUACAUAUUUGCAGCUUUAAACCUGUACGUCGAUAUAAUAAAUAUCUUUAUCUACGUUCUUACAAUAAUUGGUGCUGCAAAAGACUAAAUAAUCAAAAAUGUAAUUGUACCAAUUUCUGUUGUUUAUUUUAUAUUUCACUAUCUGGCGCAUACAUGUUUAUAUGAUAGAUUAGUGAAGUAAACUUUUGUUUUAAAACACCUCAACGUUUGAUUUUUUUAAAGAUUGUAAUUUAGUUUAAGCUGGCGAGAUGCACUUUAGCUUUUGUAGAUUUUUACAACGUCGAAUAUCUUAACAAUAAUCCUGAUGACGAGGGGCCUUCUGCCAAUCGAACGAAUAUAAAUGUUACUGAGAUAGGUAGUUAUUUAUAUUUAUAAACAUAAUUGUAUUCAUUGCUUGGUGUAUAUUAAAGCUGUAGUAAUUCUGUAAAUAUUACGAUUUAAUAAAGGUGUAAUUUACUACGUGUUA